AGUUGAGUUGAUUUCAGCUUUGAGAAGACAAUCGAAGAUAUUUCUUUAUAUCAACAACAUGAUGCUGCUGAAAUACAUUUUAAUUGUCCAUCUGAGCUGUUUUUGUCAAGAUUUUCAAAACUCUUCCACUCAGACGACCCCAACAAAUGUGAACGUAACAGAAAAUGGAAAUACAACAAAUCUACAAGAGACGUUCAACAGCGAUCCGGUCGUCCACCGUCCUGCAGGUGAACGCUGCAGCUGGACGCUCAGGAGUCCUGGGAGCAGCGACCCGGUGCCUCUGGCUCCGGCCUCUGUGGAUGUUUUAGCUGAACAGAUCUGCCGGGACCUAAACUGCGGUGGAGUUUAUCGUGUGGACAAAAGCAGCUCGGCUCCGAACUCCACCUGCCUCCAGUGUUCGUACCGAGACCGACGUCUGCACGACUGUUCGCUGGUGGAGGAAGGAAACUGUACGGUGAUCACUGCAGCCGUCUGUGGGCACCAGGCGGUCCGGCUGGCCGGCGGUCCGGGCCGCUGUGCCGGCCGGGUGGAGGUGUGGAGGGACGGCCGCUGGGGGACGGUGUGUGACGACGGCUGGGACCUGAAGGCCGCCGGCGUGGUUUGUGCUCAGCUCGGCUGUGGCUUCGCCCUCAACGUGUCGGGUCAGGGAGGCUCCUUCCCCCCCGGCACCGGACCGGUUCACCUGGACGAGCUCAACUGUACGGGCCGAGAGCAGAACCUGUGGAGCUGCCCGGCCGCUCAGGACGAGUCUGACUGUGGACACAAGGAGGACGCUGGAGUCGUCUGCUCAGAGAUGCGAGCCGUCAGACUGAGCGGCGGUUUGGACCGGUGCUCCGGUAAAGUGGAGAUCCACCGGAACGGCAGCUGGGGAACCGUCUGCGAUAACUGCUGGAACAAACGUAUGGCCACCAUGGUGUGCUCCAUGCUGGGCUGUGGACCCCAGCCGAUCCAGUACUCCCGGUUUGUUCCUGCUCUGACCCACAACGAUGGCACCAAGUGGUUCUACCAGUGCUGGUCCUUUGAGAGCCUGUGGCAGUGCAGAGAGCGCGCCAACAAGAGUCACCUGUGUGCCACCUCCAAGGCCUCCGGCGUCGUCUGCGACGGUUCUCUCGGGUUUCCUUCACCCAACACGAGUCAAAUGACCGUGACCACCAGCUGGACCACCGUCCCAGCAGGACGGACGCCCGACGCCGAAGACUCGUACCUGUUGGGGCUCCUCGCCAGCACCUCGGUGUCUCUGCUGCUGCUGGUGUUCCUCAUCACCAACACCGUGCUGUGCUGCCACUACCGGAGGAGACACGCUUUCUUGGUGCAGCAGACUCGCUCCAACCAUCGACCUUCCUCCGAGCAGCGUCACAACAACUACCAGGAAACCGUCAGUCUGGUCAAAGUCACCGCCAACGCUGCGCCGGCCGACGGUCAGUGGCUGCAGCUCUUUAAACCUUCUCAUCAUUUCUGCCCUUCUCUUUCCUCGUAUCCUGCAUUUGAAUGUUUUGAUUCUCCUGCACAGUGCUGGCAAACUUGCAGAAAGCAUUUCUCUUUUGUGUGUUUGUCUCAAAAAGUCGCCUCCGCCCCUCGACCCCUGUGGACGCAGCUUAGUAGCGUCGACAGCACGUCAGUAGAUACAGACUAUGAGCAGUUUGACCCGAGCACUGACCCGUCUGUCGGUUUAUCCACCUUCCGCAAUUCUCAGCGCUACAGAACCGACAUCAACCCUCUGAUGAGGCCCUCGGGACUCGACAGACUCUGCGAGGAGGGCCCUGGAACCAAAGCCGAGCCGCCGGCAGCUUUUACGGGUUAUAACGGCGCUGCUGUAAAUCCUCAGUACGCCCGAGUGUCGAAGAUCUCGGCGGACUCGUUUGACUCGUCGAGCACCUCGUCAGGAGAGUGUUACGAGAACGUGACCAGCGGCUACACCAACGUUAACCCCGAUCCUGAACCCAGUCAGUCGUCUGUCGGCAUCUUCAACCAGUUUUACUCUGGACAGAAACCAAACCUGCAGAGUUCAGAUGACGACGACCUUUAUUCUCCUGUGAGUCCCGACUGAGAACUUCAUCUGAGGACGACGAAGACUCGACUCCUCAGACUGACGAGGUUACUGCAGGUCACCGAGACAGAGAGUGAAGGACGGACGGAGAACCAGAAAGGACACCUGAGCUGAAAGAUCAAACUGCUGUUUUUAUUUUAACCUAUUUAAUAUAUAAGAAAAGACAUUAAUGAGGCUAAAACUCCUGAAACUGUUGUUUUAACAGCGUUUGCUGGAGUUAAAUGUGGUCAUUUGGACUGAAAUCUGUCUUUUAACCAAAUUUGACUGACUUUUGAGCUUCUACACACGUGGACAAAAUAGUUGGUACCCCUCAGUUAAUGAAAGAAAUAACCUGAAUCUGACAAAAGUAAUAAUAA